UUGAUCUGUCAGCUGAUGAGCUGGUCAAGUCAAGUGUUCAGUCAAGCACUCUUGAGUUGCAACAGUAGUUCUGACUUGUGUGAAGGACUUCAUACUUCAAACAACUUACUGAAUUUGUACCACCAUCUCCAUCAAGCUUGGGCACAAUGACAAGGCGACUCUUAUUAUUGUCAAACUCAACGCUUCAUAAUGGAAAGUAUCUUGAGUGGGCUAAAUCAGAAAUACUAGACUUCCUAAACAGAAAGAAUGUAAAAAAAGUUCUAUUUGUCCCCUAUGCUUCAUUUACUCAUGAUGAGUAUACUAAUGAGGUAAAGAAGGCUUUGGAGCCAUGGGGUUUCCAAGUCGAAGGGAUACACAGUUCACCUGACCCUGUUCAAGCUGUAGCACAGGCAGAGUCAAUUUUUAUUGGGGGUGGUAAUACUUUUCUGCUUCUGAAGACACUCUAUUCAAAUGGAUUGAUAGCUCCCAUCCAGAAACAAGUUUUGGAAAACGGUCUUCCGUACAUAGGUAGCAGUGCAGGAACAAAUGUGUCUACUGUCAGUAUUAAUACAACAAAUGAUAUGCCAAUUGUUUAUCCACCUUCGUUCAUGGCUUUGAAUCUGGUUCCUUUCAACAUAAACCCACAUUAUCUUGACCCUGACCACAACUCUAAACAUAUGGGUGAAACCAGAGAGAAGCGAAUCAAAGAGUAUCAUGAGAUUGAAGAUUCGCCACCUGUUCUUGGACUGAGGGAAGGGAGCCUCCUGGCAGUGGACGGGAAUCAAGCCACUCUUAAAGGACAUUACAGUGCUCGCUUAUUUGUCAGGGGUAAGGAGCCUGUUGAGUAUGACGUUGGCGCUGACCUCAGCUUUCUUCUGUGAACUGACAUUUGUUUAACUGACUAUCACUGCUCACAAUAAAGACUGUUACCUUUCGCA